AUGGAAUGCAGCUUGUUAAACAAGGAUGAAUACCCAUUCGAAAGAAGAGUUUAUUACGAUAAGGACUAUGUAAAUUAUGAAAUGCCUAAAAGCAAGUUCUUGCACAUUAUUAUAAGAAUAGGUAUAUCAAUUAUAAGUAUAUUAGUUGUUACGUUGUUUAUAAAAAGUAAUAGUAAUAGUGCAAACAAAUUUUUAAUGAUGCCUAUUAAUGAAGAUACAAUGCAGUUGUUUAACUCAUUAGGCUUUCCACCAAAUAGCAAAGAAUUAGUGUACACCAAGUUAGAAAAAUGGGGUUUUAAUUUAUCUGAUAUUGGUGAAGAAGAAUUAAAUGAAAAUUAUCAAGAGGAGAAUAUAAAAAAUUAUAAAUAUUCCAAAAACACAUAUAAAGAUAUUUUAUUUUCCUAUUUUGAAAAAAAAGAAAGGAGUGAAGUAGAAAAAAAUUUACUUUUAUAUAAAUUUUUAGAAAUAAUAAAAGGAAAGGAAAUAAAUACGUUUUACGAGUUUUUGAAUAAUUUUAUGAUAUUACAAGACUUAAAUUGUUUACCUAGAACUUACAAAGGUAUAUAUAUAAAUGGAAAUUUUUUUAUUCAAAAUCACUUACAUGAGUUAGUGGCAGCUGAUAUAAGCAAAUUGAAAACGUUAAUCAAUGAACAACCCUAUCUAUAUGUAACUUAUCAUGGAGGAAAAAAAAAAAAUUCAGUACAUAAUAUAUGCAAAUUUUCGAGAGAUGGAUAUUACUUAGGUUCUAUAUUACUUCCAUUUGAGGAAGGUGGAAAAUUUUUUAAUUGCAUUAGUUUGAGAGGAUUAUUAAUUCAUGGAAAUAAUUUAUAUGUAACUGAUUCGUAUAAGGAUAAUUCUAAAAUAUUUCAAUUUUCAAGUAGUAUAUCUGAAUUAUCAAAUAGAAGAGAAUAUAUCUCUACGUUUAUUAGCCAAGACGCGAAGACUAACCCUUUUAUGAUUCAUCCAUAUGGUAUAAAAAAAAAUAAUGACUACUUUUAUAUAAGUUCACAAAACACAGGUACUGUUUUAAGAUUUCAUAUUGAUAGUGGGAAAUUAGGUCAAUCCAUAAAUUCAUAUAAGGGAUUAUCUGACGGAUUAGUAGUUAAACUUAAUAAUAAUGAUGAAAUUCGUGGCAUAGAUUUUGACAAUUUAGGCAAAUGCUAUGUUUCAAAUAAACAAGCAGGAGUUCAAAUAUAUGAUAAGGAUUUUAAUUUAAUUAAAAUUAUUCCUGUUUUUUCCCCUAUAUCUAUUUUAUUUGAUAGUACAAAUAAUCAUAUUUUGGUUGGUAGUUCAAAAACCCAUGAUAUAAAAGAAUAUGAUGUUAAUAAUUUUGAACUUAUAAAGGUUAUUAAACAUCCUUUACUUAAACAUGUUGCAGGCAUAACUAUUUAUCAAGAUUCUCUAUUUGUUGUUUCUCAGAAGAAAAAUAAAUUACUCGAAUUUUCAUUAACAACAGCCUUGUUGAAACGUGUUCUUGUAGACGAUUUUAGUGAUAUCGGAGAACGUGUUAUUCUUUCCUUGACAUAA